GGAUUGCUAGCGAAGCGAUCGACGGCGGAUAUUUCUGAGGAAACUGUACAGUUCAACUUCACACAAAUGGAUAUUUACGUGGCUUUGUUAUCGGUAGUGCUCAUUGCGAAACCAGUUAUCGGCUUUGGAAUAGAUCCCGACUACCAGAUAGAUAUCAUCAAUGAACUUGACUUCGCAAAUGCAAUUUAUGGAAUUACCCAAGUGGCAGGGCUUCACAACAAUAGCAAAGCCUUCUUAUUUCGAGAUGUGGGGAGAGCAGUCCACGCGCCCGCCCACAUCACAGAGAAGGUGGUGGAGCUCUUCAGGAGUAAAAGUGAAUUUACCUUCCUGGCUUCCAUCCAGCAGAAGACCUCCACGUCAGGAGUCAUCUUCUCCAUCCAUGAAUCUGAACACAGUUACUUUGAGCUGGAGAGCAGUGGGCUGAGGGAGGAGAUCCGCUACCACUACCGCUACAAAGGCAAGCCUCGCUCAGAGUCCUUCCCCUACCGACUAGCCGAUGGCCAGUGGCACAAGAUAUCCCUUUCCAUCAGCGCUACACACCUAUUGCUGCAUGUCGACUGCAACAGGAUUUAUGAGCGAGUGAUAGACCCACCUCAGAUGGAUCUGACCCUGGGCAGUGGAGUGUGGCUGGGUCAGCAUAGCCACAAGCACGGCCUCUUCAAGGGUACCAUUCAGGACGUCAAAUUCAUUUUUGCUCCAAACGGCUACAUCACACAAUGUCCCAACCUCAAUCGCAGCUGUCCGACAUGCAGUGAUUUCCUGAGCCUGGUGCAAGGCAUCAUGGACCUUCAGGAGCUGCUGGCCAAGAUGACCCUAAAGCUGAACUACGCAGAGUCCAGGCUGACCCAGCUGGAGUCCUGCCGCUGUGAGAGAACGUGCAGUGCCAACGGUGUGGUCUACAGAGACAAGGAGCUAUGGGUGGAGCCAGAGAACUGCAGGAACUGCGGCUGCAUGAACGGAGUAGUGGAGUGUCGCAGGAUAUUCUGUCCCCCAGCCAACUGCUCAGAGGACUCUCUCUCCGUGCAUGUGGAGGGCACCUGCUGCAAGAAAUGCCGACCAAAAUGCACCUACAUGGCCCAGACUUUGUCAGAGGGCCAGCGUCUGCUAACGAAGAGGUGCACAGAAUGCAAGAACGGGAUGAUGGUGAGAGUGACAGAGAACUGUCCAGAGCUCAACUGCACCCUCAAGGAACAGAUCCUACCUGAAAACAGGUGCUGUAACAUCUGCAAAGGCUACGACUUCUGCGCAGAGGGACUCAUUUGUGGGGAAAAUUCGGAGUGUAAAAACCGGAAUACCAGAGCUGAGUGUGAGUGCAAGAGCGGCUUUGCCUCCAUCCAUGGGGACUCCACAUACUGUGAAGAUAUCGAUGAGUGUGUCACCCAGAUGCACUACUGCCAGGCUAACACGGCGUGUGUGAACCUACUCGGCAGCCAUCGCUGUGACUGUCUACCUGGCUUCAUCAGAGUGGAUGACUAUUCCUGCACAGAACAUGACGAGUGUGCCAGUGGGCAGAGCUCCUGUGAUGACAAUGCCAUCUGCACCAACACCAUCAGAGGCCACCUGUGCUCCUGUAAGCCUGGCUAUGUGGGGAACGGCUCCAUCUGCACAGCAUUCUGUGAGGAGGGGUGUAGAAGCGGAGGUACCUGUGUGUCGCCCAACACCUGCGUCUGCCCCUCAGGCUUCACAGGACUCCACUGUGAGACAGACAUUGACGAGUGUGCGGAGGUCCUGAUCCAGUGCCACAUUCACUCCCGCUGUGUCAAUCUGCCGGGCUGGUACCACUGUGAGUGCAGGAACGGUUUCCAUGACAAUGGCUCCUACCUGAUCGACGGGAGUUCCUGCAUCGACAUUGACGAGUGUGCCACGCAGACACACACCUGCUGGAACGACAGUGUGUGUGUGAACCUUCCAGGUGGUUUUGACUGUAUGUGCACAUCUGGACCGGCCUGCAGUGGAGACUGUCUUUACGAGGAGGGCCUCAAACACAACGGACAGAAGUGGAAUCACAGCCUGGACCACUGCUCCCUGUGCUCCUGCAAGGAUGGGCGCACCUUCUGCAUGAGGAGAGAGUGUCAUUGUGCGGACCCCGAGACAGACCUGUUCUGCUGUCCUGAGUGUGACUCCAGAAAGUCCAGCCAAUGUCUGCACCAGAGUGGACACAUACUGUACCGCAGCAGAGACUCCUGGAUCUACAGUUGCCAGCAGUGCCGCUGCCUGGAGGGAAAGGUGGACUGCUGGCCCCUGGCGUGUCCAGUGUUGGCGUGCAAAUACUCUGCCUUGGUGGAGGGCGAAUGUUGCCCGCACUGCGUCACUGACCCCUGCCUGGCGGACAAUAUCGCCAACGACAUCAGGCAGACCUGCCAGGACCCUGCUGGCAUCACCCGCCUCAGUAGUGCCACGUGGCCCAUGCCAGGGUCACCCUGCACCACCUGCAAGUGCAAGAAUGGAAGUGUGUGUUGCUCGGUGGAGCUGGACUGCCUUCAGAACAACUAAGCACUCCUCUUUCGGAUGCCGUACUCCUCUCCUCCACUCCAAUCGUUCCAUUCCGCCGAUCCCUAGACUGGUCAUACUGUUUGAAGACCCUACCUUUGGACCUUUUACCACACAUGCACACAAACACACACAUACGUACGCACACACACACACUCUCUGCCUGGGUUAGGGAAGUGGCUAGAGCUGUGCGUUCACACUGGAUCUUAAAGUCACAAUGUAUUGCUGACAGACGGAGAGAUGGAGUUUGUGUCUGCUUAACAACUACAGGACAAGACCAACCUACAUAUAACCGUUUCCCCCCUACUUGCACCCUUAUACGUGUGUGUCCUGUAUGUUUGUGUGUGUGAGUGUGUGUAUACCAGAGAUUCCAAAACUUUUUUGGCACGUGACCCCACCAUGUAAAAAAUGUAUAAUCAAGGGACAGUGUUUUUUAAUUGGGGCUAUGACAGCCAAUUAGAAAUUAGUCUGACUGUGCUCUUGACAGUAUUUCAAUGUGAAGGAAGUAUGGUUUGAAGUGACGGAAAUGCAUCAGAAAUCAUCAGGCAAUGAUCUUGUUUGAUCUUCUGUGUAGAAAAGAGCAUCAUUGUUGAUGAUGCUCUUUUCCCCCCAGUCUAUAUUAGUGCCUGGUCUUGUCUAAUGAGUCCUGUGUAACAUGUAGAAGGAGACAGAAGACACAUGCGUCUUCCUGAGAAUCGUUUGAUGGGAUCAUAAUAUUUUGUAGCUUAAAUGGAUCAAAAGAUAG